AUUUUUAAAUAUUCUUUUAAUUGAGCACAAACAUGUUUCACCUUUCUAGAAAGGCAAAACUUUUAUUUUGAAACUACGGAAAUGUGUAACCGGAAGGGGUGCGUCAAAGCAGUCGAUGCAAGUAUGGUGGCUGCAUCGACACAAGCGGCGCCGCAGUCUCCGGCACCGCCGUCUGGGCCCAUGCCUUUUGACCUUUCGCAACCUCCUGUCAUUGAAGGCUUCUUCCCUUCCCCGAAAAUCAAGGAUGAAACUUUCAAAGAGAAAUUCAUCAGGAAAACCAAGGAGAACCCUUUCGUCCCCAUAGGCUGUUUGGGAACAGCAGGAGCCCUGAUGUACGGCCUCCGCGCUUUCCACCAAGGAAAGACCAGACAAUCCCAGUUGCUGAUGAGGGGACGCAUCUUUGCCCAGGGCUUCACUGUUGUUGCCAUCAUCGUGGGCGUCUUUGCCACAGCUGUGAAACCCAAGCCGUGAGGAUGGGCCAGACCGGCGAAAUGUAACCUUAAAGCCAACUGAACAAACGGGUUCAGAGUCGUAUUUUGUAAAAACCUUCUAUAUUAAAAAGUUUGAACAUGUUUUGCUUGAAACCUGAAGCAAAUGGGUUUCUCUUUUAAUCCCAAUAAGUGAGCAAACUGGGAUUAACAUCACUGCUGUAGCAGUGAGGUUCCUGAAAUGAUUGAAACAGUGAAAAUACGCUUUGGGUUUUAAAGCAAACUUUGAAUCUGUCUGAUUAUAAAAUGUUUAGUGGCAUAAAACUCAACACAAUGUUGAGUUGGGAUGUUAAAACUACCCAGAUUGAAAUUUGCCUUAAGUUUGGCAUUAAACUACAUAUUGUGGUGUUGCCAGACUUACUUUGAAUGUGAAUAACUCCUCUAGACAUUACCAUAAUAAAGUGUGAUAAGGAA